AUGGAUUUUGAUCAGAAGACUGUGAAAUUUCUGGCUAAUUUUUACAUCAAUGACGGCAAACACUGGAAGCAUGGCUCCUUGAGGCCGAGGCCCCCUCAUCCCUCGGAGCCCGAGGCUGAGGUGCUGUGGUGGGACGGGGAGCAGGAAGAGGGGUCUGCCAUGUGGCUUCUGAAGACCAAGAGGGGCCGGAGGGCCCCAGCCCGGCCCCAGCCGCCCCCCGCGUGCCAGCCCGUCUGCACCAAGACCCUGCCCAAGCUCCAAGUGUGCCCCCCGGAGGAGUGCUGGCGCAUCUGCCCCGGGACCCUGAAGGAGCUGCUGCUGGAGCAGCGGCCCCCGAUCCUGACCGACCUGGAUGUCCCCGGCCCCACCAAGUACGAGGUGCCCGAUGCGUCUGUGCGCGAGUCCUCCCCACAUCCUCGCUACACCUUCGGCCUCAAGUACCCCAGCCGAGAGGGCGGUGGCCGCAGGGCAUGGCAGACCUCCUGGCUCCAGAGCGAAAGCCCUUUCACUCAGAAGGCCGACUUCAAUAGAGAGCAAAAGUGGCCAUCGCCUGCCCAGUACAUGCCCAUCAGCUGGCCCGCCUUCCCGGCCUUCAGCUUUGGAGUCUCUGCCUCCAAGGCCCCUCAGGGCCACUCCCAUUCCGGGUGGACCCGGGCCAGGCGUUCCCGUGCCCAUCCCCCACUCCAGGAUCCUCCACAGCCCCCUGGGGAGAAGCGCCCCAGCCCCAACACCUACAACAUCCUGCCUGGAUUCGGCCUGCAGAGCCGGCGCUCUCCAGCCUUCUCCAUGAGCCGCUCACUGGGAAGUACUUCCUGGAUCCUCUCCUCCCGAACUCCUGGCCCUGGUACCUACUAUGUGGAGGACUGCCACAACUCCCGCUUCCCCUCUGCUCCAGGAGUGGUCAUCCAGGGUGUGCGCAGACCCAAGCGCCAUGACACAGGUCCCUUCUGUACACUCUAG